AUGCAAGGGAAACAUCACACGCUAGUGUGCUUCAAGGGUAAACCAACCGAUGAAAAACCGAACGUGAAUAAUGAACCAAAACCGUCACCGACAGCUUCGGGUGAAGAGCUAGCUGAAUCCAAAGUGGUCAACUUGGCGACUACUAGCAGGGUGGCCUGCAACGCAGCGGUUGGUUCAUCGACGGGUGUAUUUUUGCUCACUGCGAUUGUCACUCUGGAAGAUGAUCGAGGUGAACAGGUUCAUGCCAGAGCAUUGUUGGACAGUGCUGCUGAAUGCAAUUUAAUCAGCAAUAGAGUGCGGAAACUACUUACGGUUAAGGAACACCGAUGCAUGGUUGAAGUCGUUGGCAUCCAAGGUUUGGCUACCAGGGCCCAGGGCAAAAUUACUGUGAAAGUACGUUCGAGAUUUACGGAUUUCUCCCAGCCAAUGGAUAUGUACACUCUCCCGAAAAUCGCUGCACAAAUGACUUCAUCAUCGGUCGAUAUAAAUAAAUGGGAACUACCCAGCGAGAUCGAACUGGCAGAUCCAACAUUUUUCAAAGGUGGCUCAGUUGACUUGGUGUUGGGAGCUGAAGCCUUUUUCGACUUUUUCAUAACUAGUCGUAAAAUCCGAUUAGGGGAUACCUUACCUUCAUUGGUGGAUUUGGUGUUUGACUGGGUUGUUACGGGCAAAUGUUUGGUGGAUAGUCCUAUUAAGUCUGUAAUUUGCGACUUCGCAAUCAGUAAUAAGCUAGAUACUUUACUGGAAAAGUUUUGGGAAACUGAAGACAUCGAUCAAGAUUACAAUCACUCUCCCGAGGAGGCUACGUGCAUGGAAUAUUUUACACGAACUACACAACGGCAAGGUUCUGGUCGAUACACGGUGUCCUAUCCGAGGAAUAGUGAGGUGCUAUCCCAGCUUGGUGAUUCGAAUGUUAUAGCAGAGCGGAGAUUCAUGCAGUUGGAGAGACGUUUAGGACGAGAUCAAAAGCUGCGAGAGCAAUAUGCAGCCUUCAUGAGCGAAUAUGAAUCCAUGGGCCACAUGCAUAUGAUACCCGAUGAACACAAUGCGAACGUUAAGCGAUGCUUCCUCCCACAUCACCCAGUGGUGAAGUAA